UUCAGAAAAGCUUUUCUCGCGCGCUCGCUCAAUGCGAGUUACUGUCACAUGUGUCGCAAUAGUGACGUCUGGUAGAUGUGAUUUGAGCCCUUCUUUAGUCUGUGACCUCCUAUAUUUAAAAGAUGGGGAUUCUGGAAAGGAUUGCUGAAAUAGAGGCAGAGAUGGCUCGAACCCAGAAGAACAAGGCGACAAGCGGUCAUCUGGGUAUGCUGAAAGCCAAACUUGCUAAGCUGAGAAGAGAGCUUAUUACUCCUAAAGGAGGUGGAGGAGGAGGGGGAGGAGAAGGUUUUGAUGUUGCCAAGACUGGAGAUGCAAGAAUAGGCUUUGUUGGGUUUCCCUCGGUGGGCAAGUCUACCCUUCUAAGUAACUUGGCUGGUGUCUACUCUGAGGUAGCUGCGUACGAAUUCACUACACUCACCACAGUACCUGGUGUUAUCAGAUACAAGGGUGCUAAGAUUCAGUUACUUGAUCUGCCUGGUAUCAUUGAAGGAGCUAAAGAUGGUAAAGGAAGAGGAAGGCAGGUUAUUGCAGUGGCAAGGACAUGCAGUUUGAUCUUGAUUGUACUUGAUGUUCUCAAACCCCUCAAGCACAAGAAACUGAUUGAACAUGAACUUGAAGGCUUUGGCAUCCGGUUGAACAAGUCUCCUCCAAACAUCGGAUACAAGAAGAAAGACAAGGGUGGAAUCAAUUUGACCUCGACCUGCCCCCAGUCAGUGCUUGACCUAGACACCGUGAGGACUGUCUUGUCGGAGUACAAGAUACACAAUGCUGACAUCACUCUGAGGUCUGAUUGUAGUGUUGAUGAUCUGAUUGAUAUCAUUGAAGGAAACCGGGUCUACGUCCCAUGUAUCUUUGUGCUCAAUAAAAUUGAUCAAAUUUCUAUUGAGGAAUUAGAUAUCAUCUAUAAGAUUCCACAUUGUGUGCCAAUCUCUGCCCAUCAUAAAUGGAACUUUGAUGACCUUCUGGAAAAGAUCUGGGAUUAUUUAAAUCUGAUAAGAAUAUACACCAAGCCUAAAGGUCAGUUGCCAGACUAUGAGGCCCCCAUUGUUCUCAAGAGUGAAAACUGCACUGUAGAAGAGUUCUGUAACAACCUUCACAAGAGUAUCCUCAAAGACCUUAAAUAUGCCCUGGUCUGGGGCUCAUCUGUAAAGCACAACCCACAGAAGGUCGGUAGAGAACAUGUACUAAAGGAUGAGGAUGUUAUACAAAUCGUCAAAAAGGUAUGAACAUGAAACUUGCACAAUCACAGAUCAUCUUUUUCAAGACUCCGACAUGAAUUCCAGAGUUUUCCUGAAAUUUAAGACAAAUUUAUUGCAUCAUUUUGAUCCUAUACAACCUGUAAAUCAAAAUUAUUACUAGUAAAUGAUGGAUCAUGUUUAACUCUUACUCUGACGAUGUGUGACAAAGAGACUACGUAUUUCCUAUUGACCAUUACUUCACCGAGACAGAAUUAUCUGUUGAUUACAAUAGGUCAAAGUUUAGAGGAUAACUAUUUUUAUGCUAACUUUAAUAGGAAUUGUAUGACAAUUGCAGAUUUGCCACUGGCCCAUUCUCCUUUUAAUAACAUACAUGUAAACUCAGACCUGCCAACCAGUACGUUUUAGCCGUAUUUAGUAUGUUUUUGCAACCAAAAUACGGCAGUACGUUUUUUCUUUGAAAAAUACGUUUUUUUUUUUUUACUAAAUCGUAAUUGAGUGAGAAAAAUAAUCUCUAUAUGUCUCUAUUUCAUAAAACGUACACAAAUAUGGUUAUUAGAUCAAUGUAAUUUUAGGUAACUUAUUUUUUUUCAAUCAUUUUGUUAUAACCAGGGUGAAGAUAUACACAUGUCUUAAUGUUUUUUUUUUUCAUCUGCAAGAGCAGUGUGCAUUUUAGCUUGCAUGCAGCUUGAGCGCCGCGAUGAGCGAGUGCGCCAAGCAUUUUAUUAUGAAAUACACUUUUUUUUGGGAAAAUACAUUUUUUUUAAUCACAGAAUACAGUUUUUCAUUCCCAGAGGUUGGCAGGUCUGCAUAUUUAUCUCACACGGUGAAAAUACUGAUUUUUUUGUCAAAAUACUGAUUUUGGGGGAUAAGAAUACUGAAAAUGCAAAAUACAACUUGGCAGCUCUGUAAACUAAUAGCAAUAAGAGGAGAAAUUAGAUAAAAUGGAAUCUCUGUUCCUUGAUGAAUUUCUUAGAUCUUUGAUUAGGACUACAUGUAUUUGUUAUCAUUUAGAGUAUUAUAUUUUCCUCAACAUGUGAAGAAAUAUAUCUCCCUAGAAGUGACUGUUAUAAACACAUGGUUAUUUGAAAGGAUAUGUGUCUAGAGGGCUUAUAAAGGCUUCCAAAAAUGUUACUAUCACCUAUUUUGAGAGCAUUUCCUCUAACCCUAAUCAACAGUUAAAAAUAUUGACUUCCGUUCAGCUUCUUGGACUCAAAAUGAGAAUUUGAUUUAAUGCACAAGAAAGGGUUACCAAAUGUAUAGUAAGUCUUGUGUUAAUUUGUGCAUAACUAUUUUCAACAACUUUAUGAAAUCACUAUUCAAGAUUCAUUAGAACUUGUGAGGAACUGUAAUAAUAAAACUAUACCAAUCAGUAAAAAUGUACUGAAAUUCCAGCUUUUCUUCAUAUGUUGAAAUCAUGAGCUUCAAAUAUUCUUCUUUUAAUAUGAUAUUGUGAUAUCAUCAACAUGGUCUUUAAGCAGAGUCUAGCGGCAAUGACUAUUAUGUACAUUUUCCAUAUGCCUUAAAAUUUGGGCUUACACAAAACCCUUCCUGAAUUGAGAAUCUCAUUUUUAUCCUUCAUUCAUCCUUGCACAUAGUCUAAUUACCCCCAAAAUGCUUGAUAAAGCUCUUUUAGGUAAAGUAUAUAGUUUCUAAUGUAAAAAAUAUAUAUCUGUACAUGUAGAUGUGUGGUAUUCUAUGGUACACUUUAAAGGACAAGUCCACCCCAACAAAUAGUUGAUUUGAAUAAAAAGAGAAAAAUUCAACAAGUAUAACACUGAAAAUUUCAUCAAAAUCGGAUGUCAAAUAAGAAAGUUAUGAUAUUUUAAAGUUUCGCUUAAUUUCACAAAACAGUUAUAUUCACAUCCUUGUCGGUAGGCAAAUGAAGAGACUGAUGACAUCACUCACUCACUAUUUCUUUUGUACUAUGUGAAAUAUUCAGAUUUUUUCCCUAUUGUGUGAAACAACGAUUUAUUCCUCCCUGAACAUGUGCAAUUAGCAUUGUUUGAUACUAUAUGGUUCAACCAAGUUGGUCCUUAUUGUCAAAUCUGUAAAAAAUGAAAUAUUGUAUAAUUCAAACAAUAAAAAACAAAAGAAAUAGUGAGUGAGGGACAUCAUCGACUGUCUCAUUUGCAUGUCACUGAGUCGUGCAUAUCACUGUUUUUUGAAAAAUAAGCAAAAAUUUAAAAUGUCAUAACUUUUUUAUUUUACAUCCGAUUUUGAUGAAAUUUUCAGCAUAGUGCUUCCUUGAUUUUUCUCUAUUUAUUCAAAUCAACAUUUUUCUGGGGUGGACUUGACCUUUAAGUUUCUUUCAUUUGUUUUCAGUGCAUACAUUCUGUAUUUCUUCAGUGAAAUAAAAUAAAUUGUAUUUUGAGUGAUAUGCUUUAUGUAUGCUAUUUUUUGUUAAUUGAUUACUUUAAGUGUGAUCAAUUAUACUUGACCUGUCACACAAUUGUUUAUGAUAAGACGUUGUAAGAAGUUUACUACGUCAUUAUUUCAGGCCCAUGUUGUAUAAGUUAUUAGGUGAUGGGAGGCAUGUUUAUUACCUAGUCUGCAGAUACAGACACUAAUUGACAUAGCUAUCAACCAGUGGGUCUUGAGAGUAGUCUAGCUCAAGUUUUAGUUUGAUGUGGUGUGGAGAGCUACAGUAUACCAUCACAGUACCUCUCUCUUUUAGUCUGCCAAUUAUGACCACAAGAGUUUGUUUGGUCAUACACACUAUUUAUAACACCCCCCCCCAAUAAAAAAAAUGAAAUGUUCCAUAAAUUAUUAAAUACACUAUAGUCUAUAAUGUAAUUCAUUUUAUAUCCUCCUAUGUUGCAUGUAUGAUUUAUAUCUGGCAUGUUACAGACUUGUAGAAGAUAAUUUUGGUAGUACACUCUAUCUCCAUUUAGUUCUUUAGCUAUAGUAAAAAGCUGAUUGUAUGAAAGCAAAUUAAUAAAAGUAGAAAAAUAUUAAA